CUACAAGUUGUGUGUCAAGUCUGUAGCAGAAUAUGACAUUAUUGUUGUGAUCGAAAAGAGUGACUUCGGUAUCUGUUGGAAUAAGAGCUGGAAGUUCUUGAUCCCAAAUAAUCCCACCGAAUACAAUUGCACGAACGCGAGGCAUGAUGCUAUUUGCAGUAGUUCUUGGAGUAAAGUCUACAUAAGUGUUAAUCAAGCGAACAGAUGUUGAUUGUAAAGUCUCAAGAGGGCUAAAGAUCAAUCUAUAUUAAAAUCCAGUUGAAACGUCAAUAAAGUGAUAACAUUAAGUAG